CACCUACACUACCAAUCCAAAACCAGCGUUUUAGAAUGUUAUGGCGGCGAGAAGUAAGAACCAGUGGCAGCUAAACCAGCGAGUUGUGCUCACAGCGUCAGGAACCAGCGGCACACAUACACUGCCGUGGAACCUGGACCGCAGCUGCAGCUUCUGGCAGUUUCCGUUCAUUUCGGCCGAAUUUAGCAGGCCAUUUCUAUUAGAAAGGCCAUGCCUCCUCCUCUUCCUCCUCCUCCUCCCUCUCCUUCUCCUCCUCCUCUUUCUCUGGGUAUAUCUCGACUUCGUCACACCUCUCAGCGCCCUCCUUUCCGUCUCCUUGCCGCAGCCUCCGUUACAGUCACAUCUCUCUCACUCACCUCUGUCUCAGUCGCAGCAGCAGCUUCAGCCGUCCAUUAAUGGGGAGGCACUAGCGGCUCCUUCUGCUGCUGCUGUUUCACUCAGGCGAAAGUGGCAGCUGGGAGCAGACUCCUCUGUGCCCCCACCACGCCCACUGAACGGCGAAACCCAGGCAGCAGGAGUGGGGACGCCUGGGACCCAGGCGUCUCCUCCGCUGCCGCCCAUCCCUGGGCCCCAACCACCAACUCGCCCUAAGUCGGCCAUCCCCGGGCCCCUGCUACCCUCUCGCCCCAACCCUCUCAUUCCCGGCUCCCGCCUCUUCUCUCCAAGCGCUCUGAGGGCGUUUGAGCGCCGAUUCGAGUGUCUCGCAUCGCAGGGCGUGUGGGACUUGGACCCCCUGCCACGCCCCCUGCCCUGGACCCCAAGGGGGGGAUGGUCGGGGGGGGAAUGCGACGUGCGGUGGGCGGGGGAGGAAAUGUGGCGCGAGGAGAGGGCGGGGGAGGAUGAUGGGGAAGGGGAAACCAGUGGAGAUGAGAUACAAGGAGAGGAGGGUGGUGGGGAGGAGACGAGGGGAGAGGAAAGCGUGGGGGCUUCACGAGAAGGAGAGGCAGCAGAUGGAGAGGAGAGUGGGAAAGAUGGUGGUGUGGGAGGGGAGGAUCAGGUGGUCGCAGGCAAGAUGGGAGACGGAGCAGUGGAAGGACGAAAGGCCCAAGAGCUUGCUGCAACCAGCCGAUUAGAUCAGGAAAUCUUAGAUCAGCCAAUUGCGGAAACAGACGGCUCUGAUGGGGCAGCUUUCGCCACAGAUAGCCAAGCAGACGCUUCAGCAAUAUCGGAACCAGGAGAGUCGGAAGCACCUGAAGCAUGGGGAGCACCUGAAGAUUUUGGGGACUUAAGCGUGGACGAAGCAGCGACAGGGAGUGUGGGUGAAGAAUUGAGUGAGGGGCAAGGGGUUCUCGUGCCUCCGGAUCUAGACGAGUCAUCACUCGCAGCACCUGAAGCACCUGAAGAAACUGAAGCACCUGAAGAAACUGAAGCACCUGAAGAAACUGAAGCACCUGAAGAAGCUGAAGCACCUGAAGAAGUUGAAGCACCUGAAGUGAUUAAUACGCCUGAAACAUCUGAAUCGCCUGAAGCCAUGGCAGCAUCUGCAGCACCAGAAGGCAACAAUCUACCUGACGAGCCGACAACACCUGAAGGGAACAAUCCACCUGACGAGCAGACAACACCUGAAGGGAACCCUGCACCUUCAGCACGGCAAGAAACGUCAUUCCCCAACCUGGCAUUUGAAGCAGCAGACAGAGUAGCCAUCUUCGCACAGCCAGCAGCAGAGUGGAGAGUAAGAGAAACACUUAAGUACCAGUGGCGAGUGAAGCUUAAGUGCGGGGCGUGGGGGGAAUUUGACAGGGCGAGACUGGCCACUGUGCUUGCAGGGAGAACUGUGCUUAUAGUGGGGGAUUCGCUCAGCUCUAUGAUGUUCAGGUCGAUAAGGAAUCACCUGCUGCAGAGACACGUGAGGGAUCAGGGCUUCUCUAGGUACGGUGAAGAGUUUGUAGAGAGGGGGAGAGAAGAGAGGGGGAGUUUGGAGGGGGAGAGUGUGGAGGGGGGGAGUUUGAGGAGGGGAGGUGUAGAGAGGGAGAGUGUGGAGAGGAGACGUGUGGGGAGGGUUGUUGCUCGGGACGAGGUUCUUGCUGUGUGCGAGCAGCGCUUGCAGCACCCGCAGCUGCAGGAGAGGCCAGAUGUGGCGUUCUGUGGCGCUGUUUCCUUGGGCUUUGACCAUGAUGGUACAGGUGGUGAUAGUAGCAGCAGCAGCAGCGGCGGCAGCAGCAGCGGCAGCAGUGGCAGCAGCAGCAGCAGCAGCAGCAGCAGGAGCAGCAGCAGCAGCAGCAGCGGUAGUGUUAACAACAGUCGGCUCAGUAAUAUACUGUUCCUUUACCUCCGGGAUGACAUACUCCAUACAAGCUUGGAACCCACUAUAAGAAUCCCCGAGCUUGUCUCCCUCCCGUGGAUCGAUAUCAUUCAGCCACAGAAUGGAGAUGACCCUCAUUCCCACACUUUACUGGGAGGCUACCAACCCGCCUCAAUCCUCAUUCUGAAUCGCGGGGCGCACUAUAAAGAGGACGAAGUGUUCCGAGCGGAGCUGAACGAAACGCUUAACAAAGCACGAGCAGCGGUGCCAGAUCUCCUGAUCAUCUACCGCAGCUCGCCACCGGGACACAAAGACUGCGACAUUCUCACAGCCCCAUUGGCUGAUCGACAAAACCCGGGCGAUUUACCCUAUCAUUGGGGGGAUUUUGCCCGGCAAAAUGAGAUUGCGAGGGAGUUGGUGAGGGGGGUAGGCGGUGUGUUCUUGGAUGUAUAUCCUAUGACGGCCUUGAGACCUGAUGGCCACAGCUCCCCCCCUGCUGACUGCUUGCAUUACUGCUUACCGGGACCUCCCGAUGAAUGGACUCGAGUCUUGUAUCACAUGCUUUUGGAUUUGCUUUAACAUGGUAUUCUUUAUUCGAUUUAUU